GUGGAGGAUGACUGGCGCUAUCAGGGGCACCCUGCUCUGGCAUGCUUGGAGGACGCCACAACCCAGGAGAGGAUUUUGAAACGGAGCGAGAGAGCCUGCCAACCACUGGCCAACGCCAACAAAGCACGAGAGAGAGAGAGACAGCGAGAGGAGGGGGGGAGAGAGGUCCACCUUUACCAGAGAAGGAAGAAGAGCAAGGGAGGAAAAAUUAAGUGAGAGUGCGAGUGAGGAAGAAUGUGAAAGGAAAAAUACCCCAAAAGAAAGCCAGCGCAAAAAAAGAGAGCCAAAAAAAAAAAUGGUGCAUGAAUAAUAAGGGCAACUUAACACCCCCAGAUUUGACUUGACAAUCACUCUCUCCAGCCUGCUGCUCUGAAAAAAAGGGGGAGCAAGUGAGAGGGCUGGCCGAGGGAAGGAGAGAGGACGAAAAGAGCAAGAUGACGGAGUGAAGCGAUGGAGAGGAUCAGAUGUGUGUGAAUGACUGAUGGUCUUGACGAAGAUCCAUACAGUAUCAAAACUGUGCCCUUCCAUUUAGCCCUCAUUAUGCUCCCCCACGCCCCGUUGGCCUGCCUCUUCCUGCUCCUCCUGUCGGGGGUGCUGGGGGGGCUGGUCCUGUCCAUCUGCCCUACAGUGUGCUCCUGCAGCCGGGGCCACCGUGUGGUGGACUGCUCCUUACGGCACCUCUCACAGCUGCCCCCAGGCCUGCAGCACAACAUCCGCUUCCUCAACCUCUCACACAACAGCCUUUGUGGUCUGGACGACCAGCUCAGCCACUACGCCCACCUGCGUACCCUGGACCUGUCCUAUAACCUCCUGGGUCGCUUCCCCUCCGGCCUGCCCAGGGCCCUCUGGGACAUCCGGGCCGCUGGCAACCAGCUGCGAGCCCUGGACAAGAACGACACGGCCUACCAUUGGAACCUGCGGGUACUGGACCUGUCAGCCAAUGAGCUGGAGAGGGUGGUCUUCAUCAACAACACCCUACCCAGCCUACACGCCCUGAACUUGAGUCACAACCGGUUCUGGACCGUGCCCACCAACAUGCCUCAUAAUCUGGAGAUGGUGGAUUUGUCCCACAACUUCCUGGUUCAGAUCCUCCUGGGAUCAUUGGACCGGCUGCCCAGGCUGAGGAGGUUCUACCUGCAUGCUAAUCGCUUCUCCUGGGUGCCAGAGGGGGUGUUUGACCGGUUGGAGGGGCUCGAGUUCUUGACACUUGGGGAUAACCCUUGGGCUUGUGAAGAGGAGGAGAACAUCACACGGCUCUUGCUCUGGGCCAAACACACCCGUGCUGCCGUGUUGGGCUGCCCCUGCUACACUAGGCCAACAUGUGGGCAAGCCCAUCUGGCCACUCCAGGAGGGGAGCGGCAUUUUACGUCCCACACAGAGCCUCCGCUGGGGGCUGAUGCCAGAGAGAUGGGCCGUGGAGGCCUCACACCGGAUAAAGUUGCAGUCGUCACUUCUGGGUACUUGGCUAAAUCUGCGUUGUUGGAGCCUGGGACGCAUGGAGACAGAGGGUCUGCCAACAGCUCGGGGGACCAGACAUCGUUUGUGUUCAUCUCCACCCCCUUGCACGGCCUUUCCACACGCACAAGCACAACAGGGGACCCGCACUCCGCUGCCAAGAAGCCCAACACAGGAAGUACGCAGAGCAGAAGCCACGGACUCCACACACCAAUCCUGUAUUCUGUAGUCACCUGGAACCUUCUAGUCACAGUGACUGCCUUCAAAGCCUUCUAAACCCACCGUUGUCAGUACUAGAGUCAAGUCUUGAUGGAUUUUGGAGAGGGCUAACCCUAUGUACGUAUGAAUGUUACAGGGAGAGGUUUGUUAUUGUUUUUAUUUUAAAGAACAACUUUCAACUGUUA